CAUUAGUUGAAGUUUCUGAGAAUAUGUAUCAGAACGGGAAAGUUGUAAAUAGUAAUUUAGUAAAAUUUGGACAAAACGUGUUGAGAAAUUUCUGAGAUAAAUAAAAAGUGAUUUAUUUUACAUAAAGUGAUGAUUUAAAGUGAUGCAAAAACAUGAACUGAGUGCCUUAUAAAACAAAAAUCCAUCAUCGCAUUCUAUAACUCAACGCCAUUUUGAGGCGAAAUUUUGUAUUGUAAGUGCCAAGUAUUUUGCAAUAAUUUACAUUCUCGCAGUCAGAGGCGUGUUGUUAAUAAUUAUCGACUAAAGUGGACGUGAAACUGUAUCGUGUGUUUAAUGAUCAAUUAAAGAGUACAUAUGUGACAGUGAAGGAGAGUGGAUGCAGAGAUAGCGAGUGGCGCGGAGGAUGGCCCGGAACGGCGGGAGCGUUCUAAUUAACUGACGGACGCCGCCGGCUCACAGCUGGCGCAAGCGAUAAAAAUGCCGCGGCCUGGCAGUCUCAAGGACCCAGACAUUGCGGAACUAUUUAGUAAACAUGAUCCGGAGAAGAUAUUUGAGGACUUGCGCGAAAUUGGCCAUGGCUCAUUUGGCGCAGUCUACUAUGCUCGGUGCAAUCUCACCAAAGAGAUUGUUGCCAUCAAGAAAAUGUCUUACCUAGGGAAACAGAGCGAGGAGAAAUGGCAAGACAUAUUGAAAGAAAUAAAAUUUCUAAAGCAACUGGAACAUCCCAACACAAUAGAAUACAAGGGCUGCUACAAGCGUGAGCACACAGCAUGGCUUGUUAUGGAGUAUUGCGUUGGCUCUGCCUCCGAUAUCAUUGAGGUCCACAAACGUCCGCUGCGUGAAGAGGAGAUAGCUGCUAUAUGUGAGGGUGUGGUCUGCGGCCUGUCUUACUUGCACAGCCUGGGUAGGAUUCAUCGGGACAUCAAGGCGGGCAAUAUCUUGCUGACUGAGAAUGGAACAGUCAAAUUGGCAGACUUUGGCAGCGCUAGUAUUAAAUGCCCGGCUAACAGCUUCGUGGGAACACCGUACUGGAUGGCUCCAGAGGUCAUCUUGGCUAUGGAUGAAGGGCAGUAUGAUGGAAAGGUGGACGUGUGGUCUCUGGGCAUCACGUGUAUAGAGUUGGCGGAGCGCAAGCCGCCUUAUUUCAAUAUGAACGCGAUGUCUGCGCUUUACCACAUCGCACAGAAUGAUUCACCAACAUUACAAGCGCCGGAAUGGACGGAUACGUUUCGUUACUUCGUGGAGGCGUGCCUGCAGAAGAACCCCCAGGACCGGCCGUCGUCCACCAAGCUGCUGACUCACCCGUACAUCACGCGGCCGCGCUCCCCCAACGUCCUGGUCGACCUUAUCCAGCGCACCAAGGCAGCAGUACGAGACCUCGACAAUCUCAGCUAUAGGAAGAUGAAGAAGAUACUCAUGGUCGAUGCUGAUAAUGAGAGCGCUUUCGGCGACAGUGAAGAGACAGCGGAGGAGCGUUCUGGCGGGGACAGCUCCAAGUCGAACUCGGCGACGUCGGAGCACAGCGUGGCCGGCGCCUCCAGCCAGAGCUCCUCCUCCGGCAGCCUGCGCCGCAGACCGCAUCCCGUCAACAUUGUACCGCACAUUCUCAAUGCCAACCAUCAUGGCCAACAUCAACAACAGCCCCAGUACCAGCAGUUCAAUCACCAACACUCCACACACUCGGCCAGAGAGAGCGAGAGCCCCCUACCGGCGCCGCACGACGACUACGUCAACAGAGAUGCGCUGCGUGACUACGCAAAUAGAGAUUCUCUAUGCGACGACUAUAGUGAGGACUACGCGAACAGAGAGGCGAUCCGGGAGGCCCAACGUGAGAGGGAGAGGGAACGGCAGGCUAACGAGUACAGGGAGUAUGUGAAUGCUCCCUCCACCUGGCAGCAGGAUAGCGGAGAUGAUAAUAGGAACACCCAGCGACGUACUACCAGUAGAGGUGUUAGCAACAAUGUGUCUGCAGCCAUAUCUCUGGUGUCGGAGCACGGCGCGAAUAACUUCGCCACGAUACGAACAACAAGCAUUGUCACCAAGCAACAGAAGGAACAUAACCAUGAGACACACGAGCAGAUGUCCGGAUACAAGCGCAUGCGGCGCGAGCACCAGGCGGCGCUGGUGAAGCUGGAGGAGCGAUGCAAGGCGGACGUGGAGGCGCACAAAGCUCAACUCGACCGCGAGUACGACGCCCUGCUGCAGCAGCUCUCGCGAGACCUCGAGCGACUCCAGACGAAGCACGCGCAAGAGUUGGAACGCAAGCAGAAAUCGAACACGGCCGCUGAGAAGAAAUUGAUAAAGGAUAUAACGUCGCGACAAGAACAAGAGCGCAAGUCGUUCGAGGCUCAACGCAAGCGCGAGUACAAGGCCAACAAGGAGCGCUGGAAAAAGGAGCUCAGUAUGGAUGACGCAACUCCCAAGCGCCAGAGGGACGCCACGCUACAGUCACAAAAAGAUAAUUUGAAGCAAGCCGAGGAAGCGGAGCAGGCGCGGCUGGUGCGAUCGCAACGCGAGUACCUCGAACUGGAGUUGCGACGCUUCCGUCGUCGUCGCAUGCUCGCCACCCACCACAAGGAGCAAGAGCUGCUUAGAGAGGAGUUGAACAAGCGUCAGCAGCAGCUGGAGCAGGCACACGCGAUGCUGCUGCGUCACCAUGAGAAGACGCAGGAACUUGAGUACAGGCAGCAGAAGGGUGUGCAUGCACUAAGAGAGGAGCAGCUGGCCAACCAACACGCGACGGAGCUCGCCAACCAGCGCGACUACAUGCAGCGGCAGGAGCACGACCUGCGCAAGAAGCACGCGCUGCAGCUCAAGCAGCAGCCCAAGAGUCUUAAGCAAAAAGAGAUGCAGAUUCGUAAACAGUUCCGUGAGACGUGCAAGAUACAGACGCGUCAGUAUAAGGCAUUGAAAGCGCAAAUAUUGCAAAUGACCCCUAAAGAGCAACAGAAGGAGGUGAUCAAGGCGCUGAAGGACGAGAAGCGGCGUAAACUGGUGAAGCUGGGCGAGCAGUACGACCUCAGCAUCACCGACAUGCUGCAGAAGCAGACCAUCAAACUGGACGAGAGCCAGAUGAUGGAGUGCCAGCAGAAGAAGAUGCAGCUGGAGCAUGAGCUGGACAUGCUCACAGCGUACCAGAGCAAGAGCAAGAUGCAGGCGGAGGCGCAGCGCAACCGCGAGCGUCGCGAGCUCGAGGAGCGAGUCGCAGUUCGUCGCGCGCUGCUCGAACAGAAGAUGGAGUCGGAAUGCGCUCAGUUUAUGGCGGAGCGUGCGGAGCGCACUCGGCUGAUGCACGAGCGUCAUGAACAGGAGCUUGCGCACUUUGACAACGAGAGCGCUCGUCUCGGCUUCAGUGCGAUGGCGAUCGCGGAAGGCAGCCGAGAGGGGUACGGCGAGGAGGAGCAGUCUCUGUCUGGCUCCAUGCUGUCUCUCGCGCACAGCAACUCCUCCGCCAGCUUCCCCGCCGGCUCUCUCUAACACCGCACCCGCAGCCCUCGCCACACAAGCUAUGACGUCACCACUCACCACCACAGCGACGAAUUGGUGUCUCUUUGUUACAGAUCUUAAAGUCAUACAAUGAUUGUGUGUGUUGUCUCUUAGUAUUGUAUUUCGAUUACUCUCACUAAAUCUAAUUUAAGUUACCUUACUGUUAUACUACUGAAUAUGGUAGUGUGAGAUCGGAUUAGAUGCAAAUCUAGAUAGAAAAAAGAUUUCUUACAAUUUUUCGUAGUUUUGUGUCCGAGAUUAAUUUGAACUUUAUAAUUUUCAUUUGUGUGGAUGACGUCUCGUGAGUCGUGGUUAGGGGGCUUAUGGUGACAGAUGUUGAGACUGUGCGGCCCUCCCAAUUACUUUGCUUUAUCAAAUCUAAAUUACUUUAGGCUUUUUUUUAUUAUAUUUUUCGUUGUCUUCCAAAAUGUAUGCAAAAAAUUUACUAAAGUAAUUAACCGAAGGGAGAGGACGUUUCCUAUACACUAAGUUUAAUGCACUCCAAUUAUCUCUUAAAUGAAUAAGUGUGUUUGUAGUAUUUGAGAGUUUACAAACAGUAUAGCUUUAUCAAUAUAAUGCUUGAUAAGUUUUCUUUGCACACAUGAUAUGUAUGUAUGUAUGUAUGGAUGACACGUGGUGUUGAGAUAAUACUUCUAAUAGGAUUUAAACGGCGCGCAAUCCGCAACGUAGACUUGCCCAUGUAAUUAUACAAAUUAUAGUUUUUAUAUGAAAGUAUAGUGGAUUUUUUAUACUUUUUGUAACUUUAAUCAAGUUUGACAGAAAGUAUAAAUUAAUCGUACAUCCAAUAUCUCGAACUUUUUUUGUGAAACAAUU